CGGCAGUGCCAAACACCACAGGAAGGAUUCUCUGUAUGAAUGACCUGCUAGUUGUCCAGGCGGAAGACGCUUUGCGUCCUCUGUUUUCUCUGCAAUAUGGCGUGUCUAGAUGGGGUGUGACUGCGACUCAUAGCGAAAUGUGCCAUGCUGAUAAAAGGUCGCUGCGGUUAUAGAUCUGAAACCAUGAUAGCAAGAUGCUAGUGUACCGGUUAGCGCAGGGCUAACUAGCGCUAGCUGAAGCUAACUGUGUUAGCUGGGUUGUUUUGAAUAAUGACAGCAGCGGAGGGGAGAGAUGCUUGAAAGAGAUGCAAGUGAGAAAUACAGUGAGGAUGGUCCCAGCUGGCUGAUCUGCUGACCCAGCUGGAGACAUGAAAGAGGAGGGCAAGGCUGAGGGAUCAGGUGCAGCUCUGUUUGAGGACCUGGACUUUCCCUGUGAAGAAACAUCCCUGUUCUCUGACUGCUCCACGCCCAUCACCAGGCUGAAGGGAAACGUCACGUGGGAACGCCCGCAGGACAUCUGCCAGUCGCCAGCUCUCUUCCCUACCAACAUCAGCUUGGCUCAUGCAAAGCAAGGUCUGCUAGGAGACUGCUGGUUUCUGUGUGCGUGCACCUUUCUGAUCAAGAACCAACAGCUUUUAAACAAGGUGCUGCCUCCAGGUCAGCCCCAGUGGGGUGACAGCAGGUACAGGGGCUCCUUUCAGUUUCACUUCUGGCAGCAGGGACACUGGACAGAAGUGACCAUUGACGACCGCCUGCCCUGUAUUAAUUCUGCUCUCUGCUUCUCACGCUGCCACUCCCCCUCUGCCUUUUGGGUAGCCUUGUUGGAAAAGGCCUAUGCCAAGUUCCAUGGUUCCUAUGAGCAGCUAUGGGCGGGGCAAGUGUCUGAGGCCCUGGUGGAUUUGACUGGUGGUUUAGCAGAGCACUGGAGCCUGGGGGACUUGGGCUCAGAGGAGGGACAGCAAACAGAGCAGGACAGUGGUCAGAUGAGGAGAAAAAAGCUAGACCUGAACCUUCUGUAUGCUGUGAAGGAUGACUGUGCACUGAGCUGCUCCACUCACAGUACCCCUGGAGGUGUCAGUGAAGUGGGUCAGUACCACGCAUUGAUUGUGAUGGAGUGGUUGGACGUGAAGAAGGUGUCAGGAAGUGAAGUGAGGCUGCUCAGGAUCAGAAACCCCUGGGGACGAUGCUGUUGGGGAGGAGAUUGGAUAUGGAGUGGUGCUGGUUGGAGUUCUGUUGACCCUGUUUGCACCUCAGACCUACAAUCCAGAUUAGCUGAGGGUGAAUUCUGGCUGGACGAGGCUGAGUUUCUGUCCCAUUUUGAUGACAUCACAGUGGGCUAUCCCAUCACUGAAGAGGGACACUUGAGGAGCAUUUAUACUGGAAAUCUCCUGACACACCAUCAUCAGCUGGCUGCUCGGUGGGUGAAGGGGCACUCUGCUGGCGGUAGUCGAAACAGCAGCAGCUACAGUAGCAACCCUAAGUUUUGGCUGAAAGUUUGUGAGAGAGGAGAGGUACUAGUGUCUCUGCUGCAGCGUCGCAAACAGACAAAUGCAGAGAAAUACGCACAAAUGCCACAUGACAACAGCAAGAAUAUAAAGCACCAGCACUACCAAGCCAUUGCUCUACACAUGUGGAAGGUGGAGAAGAAGCGUUUCAAUCUGAGCCGGAUGUUAAAUAAACCUCCUUGUGCUUCUACGCACUGCCAUGCCUAUGAGAGAGAGGUGGUCCUUCACAGGCAGCUGGAGCCUGGACACUACCUUGUCAUUCCCAGCACCUACCAGCCAGGAGCUGAGGCCCGCUUUCUCAUCAGGGUCUUUUCCUCCUCUUCCACAGCCCUCAGUGCCCUGAAAAGCUCAGCACCUUCACUGCCACUGACAACAGAUGGCGAAUGGGAGACCAGUUACUUCCGGGGCUCGUGGGUGGAGGGAAGCACGGCCGGAGGAAGCAGGAACUUCCUGUCUCACUGGCAGAAUCCCUGCUUCCCUUUUACACUGAAUGAUGAACCAGCAUUGACAUCCGCAGUGAAUGUCAAGAUUGCUCUGCACCAGAGCCGGCCUGAGACUGAUCUGCAUCCUAUUGGCUUCCACAUUUAUAAGGUACCAGAGGGGGGAUCUAUACAGGCCAUAAUGAAGAAAGAGGACCCUGUGGCCAGUUGCAUCCCCCACUGUUACACACAGGACGUCAGUUUGGACUGCUCUCUUCCUCCUGGUUUUUACACCAUAGUGCCGUCCACUUAUCAGCCAGACUGCUCAGCAAACUUCACUAUCAGCCUGGCUCGCAGAAUACACAGGAAAGUGGUGAAAAGUCAUGAAAGGCUUGGGAGAUCCAUUCAGGAGGUUUCUCACAUCUCUGUGAUGCAAAACUAGUUCUCUGUGACUGUUGCUGCUCCACUGACGUCAGCUCACCUCCCUGUGCCUCUUGGCCCACGAUGAAACAACCAGUUCCACCAUCCACCCUCACUACAGAGGCCAUGACUGUGUUUGUGUGUGCAUAAAUGUACCAUGAGUGGCUGAAAAAGGCAGGGAGAAAAACCGCUGAGGCUCUUGGUUUCUGUACCGCUACACACUCAACGUCGAUUAGAACAUCAGAAGUUAUCGGUGGGCUGGGCUGCUAAUGAAGUAUGAUGGGCCUGGCUGGUGUAAACAAACAGCCUCCACUGAAGAAGACCGCCGCUGCUCUUGCUCAUUCACUCACUGGUGCGCCUGCCGGCCCAGAACAAAGAGUCCUCUCAUGAAGGUUCUCACAGAGGCUGGGGGAGCAAGGGGAUGAGGGGAUGGUCUGCAUCAGCAGAGCCAACCAAACAAAACCACACCACACCAUGCCAUACCAUCCCAGAGAUUUCCACCCAUCCCUCAUCUCAUACACUAUCCUUCAUAUCUACUUUGCAUUGUUUCAAAAGACAAACUCAGGUCCCACACAGUCCCUUAUUCACACAUCCGCUUACGGUGUUGCCAGCCACUAAUGUCGGGGUCAACCAAAGGAAGCCACUCAGUUUGCAACUCCAUCCUCACCCUCAACCUCCCUCUUUGUCUCCCAGACUUUGUCAACAGCUCUGCUUGGACCUGAACAGAGCCACUGUUUGAAGUUCCCGCAGGAAGAGAUGACGGGCAAGGGGAUGAAACGAGGAAAGCGGCACAUCUGAAGAAGCCAGAUCAAAUGAAGCCGCUGUGCUUCUUUGUUUUGAAGCUGCACAUGUGCGGUGGUGUGUGUCUGCCAGCUCAUACCAAUAUCUGUGUAAUGAAGUUCCUGGGUUUUUGAUCACUUACCAGAGCCAGAGUUACCAGACUUGUGAAAAGCUCAGACUAACUGAUCAGUGGUACUGUCCUGUUUAUUUAUUAUGUUUGGAAAUAAUAAAAUCUGAUCAAUAAAAUCUUAAA